CCCUCCUUUCUUCCCAGACACCAUGCAGAAAGAAUCUUUCUGCGGCUCUCGGCAUGGGAAGUGACUGAUGCGGAAGUGUAGAAGCUGACAGGCUGCCCACAGAUGGGCAAGAGUGGUUGCUCAGCGGUGCUGGAUCAGAAUGCUGAAGUUGGUAGGUGGCUUGUUAGUUGCUGGGAUGUUGACACAAAUCAUCGGCUGGUACAGUACAAUCGGACGUCGGGCUCAGCUACAGCGUCGCCAUUAUGAUAGAGGACCACUGCCUGGAUCAGAGCUCAACAAUCUCUUCUGGGCUGUGCAGGUGACUGAUAUCCAUGUGUCUAAAUUUCUGGAUCCCGAGAGAGUCACAGAGUUUGAAGCCUUUUGCAUGGAAAGUCUCCCAGUCAUCAAUCCUGUUUUGGUUCUAGCCACAGGUGACCUCACUGAUGCCAAGACCAAGGAUCGGCUGGGCUCAGACCAGUAUGAGGACGAGUGGAAGGUUUACCAAUCUGUUUUGAAGAAGUCGGGGAUCUUGAAGCGAACAAAAUGGAUCGACAUAAGGGGGAACCAUGAUUCAUUUAACAUCCCCGACUUGAGAAGCAUCAAGAACUUCUACAGAAAAUAUUCAGCAUGGCAAAAAGAAGGUUCCUUCCAUUAUGUCCACAAUACUCCCUUUGGAAACUACUCCUUCAUUUGCAUUGAUGCUACGCUCACCCCAGGCCCUAAGCGGCCUUACAACUUUUUUGGUAUCAUAGAUAAGACACAAAUGCACACACUUUCCAGACUGGCUAUGGAAAGCCACUACAGCAACCAGACAGUGUGGUUUGGCCACUACCCCACUUCUACCAUUGUCUCUGCUUCUCCUGGGGUCCGGGCUGUAAUGAGUUCAGCUGUGGCGUAUAUGUGUGGGCACCUACAUACUCUGGGAGGUAUGGCACCUGUUCUGCACAGUCAGCACAAGCAAGGAACCCUUGAGUUGGAGCUUGGAGACUGGAUGCAUAAUAGAAGAUAUCGCAUCUUUGCCUUUGAUCAUGACCUCUUUAGCUUUGUGGAUCUAGUGUACAAUGAAUGGCCAGCAAUCCUCAUUACUAAUCCCAAGCCUGCCCUCUACACCAACCCUGCUCAAGAACCUACACAGAGGAUUCUGCAUUCUACUCAUAUCAGGAUCCUGAUAUUCUCCACCAGUCCUAUCACCUCAGUACAUGUCACAAUAGAUGGUAUUGAGCUGGGUGAGGCUUCCCUAUCAUCUGGACCUCUGUACACCUUAAAAUGGAACCCUGAUAACUACCAGACUGGGAUUCAUGAGAUUAGUGUUGAUGUCCAGGAUGCAGAAGGAAGAAGACAAACAAUAAGCCACUUGUUCAGUCUAGAAGAUGGCAUAUCUCUUGGCUUUAGUUUGAUUCCAUCUUUAGUUCUUCUUACCGACCACUACAUUUUGGCACAAGUGCUGUUUUUCCUCUUGGUGCUGAGCCAGAUCAUCCUGCUUGUUAUUUUCCGAUACAAGAGACGGCCAGUUCUUAGGGGCCCUCAAGAAUCCAUUGCUCUGACAUCCUUCUCCAUGCAUGUGCUCUGCAAAACCAAUCUUUUCUACUACUCCGUCUUGCUGCUCAACAUUUACACCGCAGUGGGUCCCUGGUUUGUUGGUGAGAUUAUAGAUGGCCAUAUGGGAGCCUGCUUUGCCUUUGGAGUCAUUGUUGGUGGGAAUUUCUCUCAAGGGAGCAUGACUUAUUUUGUUGCAAUAACACAGAUGGUAUUUUUUAACAUUCCUAUGACGGCUUACCUGUGCUGGUGCCUAUUGCUCCGAUGCAAAGGCCAUGGAUUCUGCUCCCAUUUCCGACACAGCAGGAAAAUUGUUUGCCUCCCCAUCUAUUUGUUUGUGAUCCUAAUUUUCGUAUGGCAAGUGUACUCCAGCAUCUUCUUGGCAAUGACCUACGGGACCUUAGCAGCCUUCCUCUCACCGAUGAAGUUAUGGCUGGUUGUGGCUACUGUGUUACUUGGCGGGAAAGUGUGGAGGUUUAGCACCCCUGAACUCAGAUCCUAUAUUAUAGAACUUAAAAACUGCCAGAGUUCCUGACAAUUGGGAAGUAACUACAUGUAAAAAUGUUUUAUGAUGAAGUAUUUCUCAUCUGUACCUAAAGGUGUAACCUUGUGUACAGGUAAGAUAUUCCUUUUGAAAAGGCCUGCACCACCUUAAACUGUUCAGUACAUAAUAACAUUUGUUUUCAUUGCAUUUUAGAUCACACUUCAGCCUUCAAUCACUACAGAUUUUAUUUGGUAACUGACAUUGGAGGCUGUGGCUGCUGCAAUGUCAUUUUCCAAUCACAAAAAUUGGCAGUGGCAGAAGACAAAAGUGGCCCCAAUAGCAGCUGCCUGUUAUAAAUAUUUUUCUGGAUUAUGAAAUAAUUUUUAAAGUUUAGAAAUAGGCUAAAAUAGUAGGGAUGCACCAAAUCCAAUAUUUUGAAUUUGGCUUUACCCCCCGGAAUCCUUCAUGAAAGAUUCGGCAGAAUACCAGACUGAAUCCUAAUUUUCAUAUGCAAAUUAGGGAAGGAAAAAAAGAAACCGUUUUUUUGCCUCUUUGUUUUGUGUGACGGAAAGUCGUGAUUUUAAGGAUUCAGUUGAGCCAGGCAUAAUUAUUCUGCUGAAUCCGAAUGCAGCUGAAAUGGCUGAAUCCUGGAUGGCCUAAUACAGAAUCCUGGAUUCAGUGCAUCCCUAUAAAAUAAUGUAGCUGUUCCAUUAUCCCUCCAGGUGAUGCUAAAACACAUUCCUUACAUUAAAGAAUGUGGGUCAGAAUGGCAUUAAGUGAAAACCUGGGCAGAUUUUGUGUUAAUUUAUGUUCCUAAAAGCAGUGUGGAGUAAUUCUUUAAUCAAUUGGUGACUUGCACAAUAUAUUGAAGGUGCUGACGUUUACAGUUGUUGAAUGUAAAAGUAUAGUUUUACCACUAUUAUGAAAUCAUUACAAAUAUUUCUAAAUCAGUAUUUUUAAAUUAAAAUAAAAGUAAUACUGAAACCAAAA